GAGAGAGAGAGAGAGAGAGAGAGAGAGAGAGAGCAGGGAGCCGAGGACUUGGAAGAGAAUAUCACACACUUGUUCUGAUACCGAGCGUAAAGUUUCCGUUUUCACUCAGGGGCGAGAGCUUGUUUACUGAAUAUUAAUACAAAUACCGAAUGCCAGAAUUUCACAUUUCCAAGACUGUGCACCGAGCUGAGCGCGCAGUGGAGAAUUAGUUCUCUUUGGAUUGUCCUCCUUGCAUGUGGCACCGCGAGCUUUUUACUCUGAAGCGUAAUGAGUUGGUUUUAGCUUCUAUCCAGUGGUGUGACACUGGACUGUGACAGCAGGAUGGAUCCUUUAUUCAACACCACCGACAUACCACGUUUGACCACCGACUCCAACGGCACAAACGGGACCGAGCACCGGAACCAGUUCGUGCAGCCGGUCUGGAGGAUCGCUAUUUGGGCAAUCGCGUACAGUUGCAUAGUGAUCGUGUCCGUGAUGGGUAACAUCAUAGUGAUUUGGAUUAUCAUGGCGCAUAAACGCAUGAGGACUGUGACCAACUAUUUCCUGCUGAACCUGGCGUUCGCCGAAGCAUCCAUGUCCGCCUUCAACACGGUGAUCAACUUCACCUACGCCGUGCACAACGAGUGGUACUUCGGACUGGUCUACUGCCGCUUCCACAAUUUCUUUCCCAUCGCGGCAGUCUUUGCCAGCAUCUACUCUAUGACUGCCAUCGCCCUGGACAGGUACAUGGCCAUCAUCCACCCUCUUCAGCAGCGCAUGUCGUCCACAGAGACCAAGGUGGUGGUGGGUGUCAUCUGGGUGCUUGCCUUGCUCCUGGCCUUCCCUCAGUACUACUACUCCACCACACACCAGCUCCCCGACCGCGUGGUGUGCUACAUCGACUGGCCUGAAUUUACUGGCUGCGACUUCAAAAAGAUGUACUACAUGUGUGUGGCCAUUCUGCUCUACUUCCUUCCCCUGCUGGUGAUGGGUUGUGCUUACCUGGUGGUGGGACUGACCCUCUGGGCGAGUGAGAUCCCUGGAGACUCUUCUGACCGCUACAAGGAGCAGCUGACGGCGAAGCGCAAGGUGGUGAAAAUGAUGAUUGUGGUUGUUUGCACUUUUGCAAUCUGCUGGCUACCCUUCCACAUCUACUUCCUGCUGCACCAGUUCUUUCCUGACAUGUUUGAAGAAAGAUUCAUCCAGCAGGUUUACCUGGCCAUCAUGUGGCUUGCCAUGAGCUCCACUAUGUACAACCCGAUCAUCUACUGCUGCCUCAACGACAGGUUCCGUGCUGGUUUUAAACAAGCUUUCCGCUGCUGCCCCUGUGUGCCUCAAGGCUCUUAUGAAGGUCUGGAACUCAAAUCCACCCGCUACCUCCAGACCCAGACGAGUGUUUACAAGGCCAGCCGGAUGGAGACGACCGUGUCUACAGUUCUCCAGGUUGGAGAGGAUAUGGAGCCGCCAAAGGUCAAGGUGAUGGGAGGUCCAGGUCCUGCAGUCAGGGCCAGACCACAUAGCUCCUCUCUGGAUCUCACUUCAAACGGGUCAUCAUCCAGGAGCGUCUCCAAAACCCUCUCGGAGACGUCCAGUUUCUAUUCUAGCAACAACUUGCAGGAAUAGACUAUGGGCACAGGCUGCUCUUCGAUUGGAGAGCGGGGAGAGAGUGUUUAUCUUCUGCCGGCAUGUGUUGCUGCAGAAGAAAAGUGUGACUUUAUGAGUGUCAGCUUUUCAUGAAUACAUUUUCACUGAGUGUACUGGUAUGUAAUGGGUCAUUUACAUGUGAGAAGUGGAUGUUGUCUUCAUCACGACCUCCUAGGGAACUUUACCUGCGUUACUCAAGCAACUCAAAGGUGAUGGUCGUCAUUAAGACAGGUAUUCUCUGUGCAAUAGAAAACCCACAGUGCAAACAUGAGUGUAUUCCAGUUUAAAGGCUCGGCUGAAGCAGACGCAUGAACCUCCAGUCUUCACAGCUCUGCUUGUCACACCAGUCUCCUCUCAACGCAGACUCCGGGCUCACACCUCCUCAUUCACACAAACUGUGUAGCUCACACGGUUUAUUUUAGAGUUGAGAGAUGACAUUAGACCAGUGUGCUGCGAAUACAGCAUCUCCUUGUUUCAACAGGAAUAUUCUUUGGAAACAAAGAAAGCCUGGCCUCAGGUUCUGAAAUAGUCUAGAAGAAAAAACCUGAGAGGGAGAGGUAG